UUUGAAACCAUUGAGCUACUCAAGCUAAAAGGAAAAGAAAUGGCAGAAUCCGACCCCAUAAUCUCCUCGUACGAUGUAUUUUUGACCGACUCAGAAAUCAACCGGUACGUCCUGCAGUACCUGGACCGACCGAUCGACAAGGGCUACGAUGAGCGACACGGCCAGCAGCCGGCAGCGUUCCGAAUGAAGCCCGAGACGGGGCUCGUGGAAGUCGACGUCCCGAUCAACACCCAGUUCAAUUAUGAUGUCGACAAGGGAGAGCAGUAUGGCGAGGCGUUACGGCGGAGUCGGGCGGCGCGCGAGGGCGGCGGGUACGGCAUGGCGGGCGGGUUUAGCUCUGUAGGUGCUGGAGCGUCGGCAAGAGUCAAGAUGGAAGGUAGCUCUGGUGAUGUCGAGAUGGGAGGGACGAAUCGGAAGGAGUACCUUGGUUUACAGACUUUGGGGGGGCGGAUUAAGAUCCCUGAAGAGGGGGAUCCGGUCUAUAUGCUUGCUGCUUUUCGGGGGAAAAAUCUGCAUUUAUCUCCCGUCUCUGCGGUGGUGCAGUUACACCCCCAGCUUCACCAUAUCGAUGCAUUGGAGGAAAUGUCGAAAGGGAGAGGCUCCAAGGGCAAGAAGGAUGGCGACGAGGAACGCUCUGCCGAGACGGAGGCUCGCGCGAUCGACGUCAAGAUCAAGGCUGCUGAGGACGGAGAGGCCGUCACGGCGGGCAACCUGGAGCUUUUGAAGCAGAUGCAGGAUGAGAAAUGGAAGACGUACGACUGGGUUGAUGCCGAGACUGAGGAGUCGUGGCACACCUACGAGAGCUACAUGAUCCAUCAACACCCCGAGGAUCUUCCGCAACUUCACGCAGCGAUCAAUAGCGAGGAUUACCUGGACACGAUGAGCGCGCCGCGGAUCGAUCCCGCUCGUCCCGAAAUGACCGGCUGGGCAAUGAAGCAGAACCGGAAAAGGCAGAAGGAAGGCAAAGAGAGCCCGGAAGACGACGCCCAGGGGUGAGACCGUUGGAUAUAUCCCCUUUACGAAUAGUCACGAUCAUACAUGACCUUGAUAGACUUGCCAUCUUUCCAUAGAUCUUAAAAAAGUGUAUUAUAGAAGAGCUGAUAUCUUUUUUCUUUGAUCUGGGUUAUUCUACCCAGUCAAAACACAAAUGCCUA